UGAAAUUUUGAUAUUUGGUUUUUAAAAUUGCUCAACAGUUAGACAAAAUUCUAAAAUCAACCAAAAUCUAUUGCUCAAAUUUUCCAUUCUCUGUAACGCUAGACUAGAUAUAAACCGGGGCCUGGAAGCAUCGCAUUUGUGGAGAUCUCGGUAAACCUAUCAGCCUCCAUCGAAUACCAAAAGGCGCGAAAUUGCAGAGUGAUCGCCCCACAAGUGGCGGGAACUCUCAUUUCAUCGCCACAUUAUACAUCAUAUUUUGGUUCUUCUAUCAAAGCUAAAAGUAUUUAUUCCAAACCUACUUAGUCGGCGAGUUCCAUUUACUGCUGAGAAACCCUAGCAUUCGGGGCCAUGGGUAAACAGUCGAGAAACAGAUCGUCGUCGUCGUCAGAGUCUCCAUCGGAUAGUUCUGAGGAGGAGCAAGUACAGGAUCAGGUUAAUGACGAGGAAGACGAAGAGGAGCUUGAGGCCGUCGCUAGGACCGCUGAGGAUUCCGACGAUGACGACGACGUUGCUGCCGAUGCACUGGAACAAGACGAUGACGAGGAUAACGAGGAAGAGGCUGCAGUCAAUGAAAUCUCAAAGCGCGAAAAAGCCAGGUUGAAGGAGAUGCAGAGGAUUAAGAAGCAGAAAAUACAAGAAAUGUUGGAUUCACAGAAUGCUGCCAUUGAGGCUGACAUGAAUAACAAGGGACAAGGGCGAUUGAAGUAUCUCUUGCAGCAAACUGAGUUAUUCUCACAUUUUGCCAAAGGUGAGCAGUCCACCGCUCAAAAGAAGACAAAAGGAAGGGGUCGUCAUGCAUCAAAGGUAACUGAAGAAGAAGAAGAUGAAGAGUAUCUCAAAGAUGAAGAUGAGCUUUCUGGGAAUACGCGGCUAGUGGCACAACCCUCCUGCAUUCAGGGGAAGAUGAGGGAUUAUCAACUUGCUGGUUUGAACUGGCUGAUUCGACUGUAUGAGAAUGGAAUAAAUGGAAUACUUGCUGAUGAAAUGGGUCUUGGUAAGACGUUGCAAACCAUCUCCUUGCUUGGCUACCUACAUGAAUUUAGAGGAAUAACUGGUCCUCACAUGGUUGUUGCUCCAAAGUCCACGCUUGGCAAUUGGAUGAACGAAGUCAAACGUUUCUGUCCUAUUUUACGUGCUGUUAAGUUCCUUGGAAAUCCUGAUGAAAGGAAAUACAUACGUGAGGAGUUGCUUGUUGCAGGGAAGUUUGAUGUUUGUGUCACAAGCUUUGAGAUGGUUAUCAAAGAGAAGUCUGCUUUACGACGCUUUAGUUGGCGUUACAUCAUAAUUGAUGAGGCACAUAGGAUUAAGAAUGAAAAUUCUCUUCUUUCAAAAACAAUGAGGCUCUACAAUACUAAUUAUAGAUUACUUAUCACGGGGACACCGCUUCAGAAUAAUCUUCAUGAACUCUGGGCACUACUGAACUUUCUGCUGCCUGAGAUCUUUAGCUCAGCUGAAACUUUUGAUGAGUGGUUCCAGAUUUCUGGUGAGAGUGACCAGCAGGAGGUGGUCCAGCAGCUUCAUAAGGUUCUACGUCCAUUCCUUCUUAGGAGGCUGAAGUCUGAUGUGGAGAAAGGUCUGCCUCCCAAAAAAGAAACAAUUCUUAAGGUUGGUAUGUCCCAGAUGCAGAAGCAGUACUAUAAGGCUCUGCUGCAGAAAGAUCUUGAGGUUGUCAAUUCUGGCGGGGAGCGCAAGCGUCUUCUCAAUAUAGCAAUGCAGCUACGAAAAUGCUGCAAUCAUCCAUAUCUUUUCCAGGGUGCUGAGCCAGGACCUCCAUAUACAACAGGAGAGCAUCUCGUAGAAAAUGCCGGAAAAAUGGUUCUUCUAGACAAGUUGCUUCCUAAAUUGAAGGAACGUGGCUCAAGGGUUUUAAUAUUUUCACAGAUGACAAGGCUAUUGGACAUCCUUGAAGACUACUUGUUGUUCCGAGGUCACCAAUAUUGUCGGAUUGAUGGAAAUACUGGUGGUGAGGAUCGUGAUGCUUCUAUUGAGGUAUUUAACAAACCAGGGAGCGAGAAAUUUGCCUUCUUAUUGUCAACGAGAGCUGGUGGUCUUGGUAUCAAUCUUGCUACAGCAGAUAUUGUUAUUCUUUAUGACAGUGACUGGAAUCCACAGGUUGAUUUGCAGGCUCAGGACCGGGCGCACCGGAUUGGUCAGAAGAAGGAAGUCCAAGUAUUCCGCUUCUGCACUGAGUAUACCAUUGAGGAAAAGGUGAUAGAAAGGGCUUACAAAAAGCUUGCACUUGAUGCAUUGGUUAUCCAGCAGGGGCGGCUAGCUGAGCAAAAAGCUGUUAACAAGGAUGAACUGCUGCAAAUGGUACGGUUUGGUGCUGAAAUGGUUUUCAGUGCUAAAGAUAGUACCAUUACUGAUGAGGAUAUAGAUAGAAUAAUUGCUAAAGGAGAAGAGGCAACAGCUGAACUUGAUGCCAAGAUGAAGAAAUUUACAGAAGAUGCUAUCAAGUUUAAGAUGGACGACACUGCUGAAUUGUAUGACUUUGAUGAUGAGAAGAAAGAAAACAAGGUGGAUUUCAAGAAAAUUGUCAGCGACAAUUGGGUAGAACCUCCAAAAAGAGAAAGGAAACGCAAUUAUUCCGAGUCUGAAUACUUCAAGCAAACCAUGCGUCAAAGUGGCCCUGCAAGACCUAAAGAGCCUCGGAUUCCUCGGAUGCCGCAGCUGCACGACUUUCAGUUCUUCAACACUCAGAGACUGAGUGAGUUGUAUGAGAAGGAAGUGCGCUUUCUUAUGCAAACACAUCAGAAGAAUCAGGUUAAAGACUCUAUAGAGGUGGACGAACCUGAAGAUGCAGGAGAGCCUUUAACGGCUGAAGAGCAGGAAGAAAAGGAGCUACUGUUGGAAGAGGGAUUUUCGAUGUGGAGUAGAAGAGACUUCAAUACCUUUAUCAGGGCUUGUGAGAAGUAUGGUCGCAAUGACUUAAAAAGUAUUGCUGCUGAAAUGGAAGGGAAAACAGAGGAGGAGGUUGAAAGAUAUGCGCGAGUUUUCAAAGAAAGAUAUAAAGAACUAAAUGAUUAUGAUAGGAUUAUUAAGAACAUUGAAAGAGGAGAGGCUAGAAUUUCGCGAAGAGAUGAGAUUAUGAAAGCAAUUGGUAAGAAGCUGGAUCGAUACAAAAAUCCAUGGUUGGAAUUGAAAAUCCAGUAUGGUCAGAACAAAGGAAAGCUGUAUAACGAGGAGUGUGAUCGUUUCAUGAUAUGUAUGGUUCACAAGCUUGGCUAUGGAAACUGGGAUGAGCUGAAGGCUGCAUUUCGCACAUCACCCUUGUUCCGUUUUGAUUGGUUUGUGAAGUCUCGUACCACUCAAGAACUUGCCAGAAGAUGCGAUGCACUUAUUCGGUUGAUUGAAAGGGAAAAUCAAGAAUUUGACGAGAGGGAGAGGCAGGCACGCAAAGAAAAGAAGCUUGCGAAGAACAUGACCCCAUCAAACCGCACUUUGGCAAGACAGGCUGCUGAAAGCCCUUCUGCUCUGAAGAAGCGGAAGCAAUUGUCAAUGGAUGACUAUGUCAGCUCAGGAAAGAGGAGAAAAUGAGAUUAGAAAUGAGUACAAAGAUGAGGAGGUUAGCUGUGGCUGGUUGGGACCUCAAAGUGGAAGGGAAGAUUAUUUUUUUCGUGAUCCCAUCAUCUGGUGUUUUAUUCAGAACGACAUUUGAUGCUCUAUCUCCUUGCCCUGGCAAUCAUUGACUCAAGGGCAUUGAAAUUUCCAGGAUGCCAUCUGACUGGUAGAGAAAUGAAAGAUACUUGGUUUAUAAUUUGUUAGUCCGACAAAAAGCAAGUCCACCAGGCUUGCCCCAACUCCUAAGCUGUAACUACAUUUCUAAUGCAGAUAUUCAUAACAAUUUGUUAUUUAUAAUCCCGCUGGAGUUCAUAUAACCACUACAUAGAUAGUCAGGGAUACACUUUAUUAUAUUUUACUUUUUAGGAAGCAACGUUUGCAGUAUGUGUGCUUUUCUGCUAUAUAUACAGUUGCCAUUUCUUGAACCAUUUA